CCAAAAAAAAAAACAAUGGCAAAUUCCUCAUCAACAUUCUGCUUACUAUUCAUGUUAUCAACUUUCAUCUUCUUUUCUACAGUCACUGCAUUCUCCGAUCACAGCCUCAACUGGGUCCCGACGACCCGUUGUCAAGGCUCGUUAGCAGAGUGCAUGUCCGGAGAUGAAUUUGAGAUGGAUUCUGAGAUCAACAGGCGGAUAUUGGCGACUACUCAGUACAUAAGCUAUGGAGCAUUGCAGAGAAACACAAUACCUUGUUCACAGAGAGGUGCUUCGUACUAUAACUGUCAACCAGGUGCUGAGGCUAACCCCUAUAAUCGCGGUUGCAGUGCCAUAACUCGCUGCCGGAGCUAAGAGGUUGAUGUUAAAGGCUUUUGGUUUGAAAGGUGUGAAGAUUGAUUGUGUUUUGUAAGAUAAACAUACGAGUUUUUGAAAUAAAACAUUGAUGAUUAUUCUAUUUA